UGAACGAAACAAAUAUUUUGUGUGUGUUGCUGUAUUUCGGCUUAAACCUGUGGCUGUGGGCUACGCUAUCUUUCGGUUUUCCGAUAAGUUUUGGACGGUCUAUCAGUGGGCAGAUUAAGUUUUAGUUUUAUCAGCAUAUUGAUAGUCGCAUAGCCGCUGGGCGGUCGCUGCCUCAGAAGUCCGUGAGUCGUCAUGACCAGUCAAGCGAUUGCCGUUCCUGGAGCGGGAGCUUCGAUUCCAGCACCGAUGGAGAACAGCAGUGCAAACAGCGGAAACGGAAAUUUAGAAAUCGGAAGCGAUGCUUGGCUGCAACAGGUCGUGGUCUACGACUGGCAGCCCGCGGAGAUUCUCGGCCAGAAUGUCGAGUCCAUGCAGCUCAUUGUGGCCACUUUUUGGUGUGUUCUCGUGGCCCGCGUUGCCACACAGAAGCUCUGCCCCCGCUCCAGUCCCAGUGUCGGCUAUGCCGUGGAAUUUCUCCUCAUCGUUCCGCCCGUGGUUCUGCUGGCUACGGUGGCCAGUGAUUACUGCACCCACAUCCUGCUGCUGAUGCUCAUCUGCUCGCUGUGGUUCCUGUUCCGCAGUCAGGCAUUGCAGCGCGCAUGCGCCCGCAGCCAGUUCGACUUAGGCGGCACGCGGCCCACGGUGUUCACUCUGGUCCGUGCCCUGACCCACCUGAUUACCGCCGUCUGCAUACUGGCCAUCGACUUUCAGAGCUUCCAUCGGCCUUACCGCAAGAGCCGAACGUUCGGGGCGAAGCUGAUGGACACGGGCAUCGGACUGUUUGUCGUCACCAUGGGUCUGGUGUCGCAUCGAACGCGGCACACCAAAGACCUUCGCCGGAGCUUGGUUUACGCUGCGCUGCCGCUGCUGCUGCUGGGACUGGCGCGGACCGUGGCACUGCUGAUCGUGGGCUAUGGCCAGGAUGAGCACGAGUACGGACGCGACAUGAACGCGUUCUUUACGCUCGGACUGACGAAGUUGUUCGGCUCGCUGGCCAGCUUACUGGCACGCCGGGAUGUGCACCUUCUGCCACUGGGCUUGGGUCUCCUCGUGGUCCACCAGAUGGGCCUGAGUGUCUUCGGUUUCUCCGACUACGUGAUGGAUGAGGAUGUGCCGCGUGAGACGUUGUUUAGCGCCAACCGUGAGGGUUUGGUGUCGCUGCCCGGCUUCGUGGCCAUGUACCUGCUGUCCAUUUUCCUCAGCCGCUGGCUCAUGUCCGCCACGCUGCUCAGCUACUCGGAGAUGGUCAAGAAGCUGCGGCGACUGCUCCUCCUGGUGCUGAUACUGUGGAGCCUGUUCGCGGCGAGUGCCUUCGCCAUUGGCAUCUCCCGGGUGACGUGCAACUUUGGCUACGUCGUCUGGACACUCUCCAUCAUAUGCACCAUUAUGUGGCUCGGCCUGUUUGGCGUGGACUUUGUCAUAGACAGUGUCCUGCCCUGGGAUGCGCAUGGCCAGGCAGUCGAUAGCCAGGAGAAGGGCCAGCUGCUGGAGUCGGCAGAGGGAGAGGGCCAGGCCUCAGCUAGGAUCGGCAGCUUUGCCAUCUGCCAGUCCCUCAACCUGAACGGUUUGACAUUCUUUCUGCUGGCCAACCUCUUGACGGGUGGGGUCAACAUAUUCCUCAAGCCAGAGGAUCGCAGCCAAGCUGAAUCGGUGCUCAUUCUGCUCGCCUACAUGUUUCUGGCCACCAAGGCGGUCCACGUGCUGCUCCAGCGAGGUGUCCGCCUGGCCUGAGUGUUCUGAGGCCUUCUGUGAUUUUUCCAUUGAAUUUUACCUUGAAUUUGCAUUAGUUUAUGUUUGUUUUAUCAGUAAAUACCUUAAGGUUAGUUAAUAAAUAAUGAUUUCUAA